AUGCGCCCCACCCAAUCAGGAUACGACACGUGUCGACACGUGGAGCCGGGUCCCGCCUUUUCUUUUAGUCAAAUUUUUGCCGCGUCCUUCUCCCGCCCUUCGCAUUUGAAGUGCCCUUUCUCUUCUGUCUUCUCCCGCACGAAGUCUCUCUCACAAAAAUCUUUCUCCGCCUCCUUCGACACCGACGAUCAGCACCGGCCGAGCGCCCUCCUCGUCCGGCGCUACUCGAUCUCCGCCGCCGCCGCCUCCUCGCCGCCCUUGCAGCUCCCGCUGGCCUCCAAGGUCCAGAGCGGCUUCGAGCCGCGGAAGUCGUCGUCGACCUCCGCCUCCUUCGACGCCGACGACCAGCACCAGCCGAGCGCCCCCCUCGUCCGGCGGUACUCGAUCUCCGCCGCCGCCGCCGCCUCCUCGCCGCCCUCGCAGCUCCCGCUGGCGUCCAAGGUCCAGCGUCUCGCGGACAAUGUCCAGAGCGAUUUCCGGAUGCAGCUUGCGAGGCAGGAUUACUUGGAGGUGCCACAACGACAUCUGCACAGGCCACAAAAGGAAUAUCAGGCAAAAUGAACAGCGCAUAAUUAAGGCGAACAUAUGUUAGUUUCAGUUUAGCAGAGAAAGUGCGAGCGCGCGUGUGGCAAUGCCCUUGAUUAUCAGCUUCUUACCCAUCCACUUGCUACAAGUUACUAGCAGGCAAUAAGCCGCCAACUACAGCCAUAAAAGAGAAGCAAAUGCUUCUAUUUCUUCAUCUGUUAAAGAGAUCGUAAAAUUGAAAAAUGCUUACAGCAGAAGGCGUAGAAAUAUCUUCGCAUCCAGUCACAUGUUGGACAGAAGCCGCAAUUUUUCCUUGGGAAGCAACGUGGUGGGGAUAUCUAAGAGAAGACCGCUCACCUUGAGCAACGGCGCAUUGUUUUGAAGGUUGCUGCUAUGUGCAACUCAAGAGAGUUUUAGUUCCGCGAGUGAAGACUCAAUGACUGAAAAAGCUGACCCCGAGGAUUUAGCUUGAGAUCUGUAGAUUGUGCUCGGCCUAGUUCGGUUUCAUACCCACGAGGUUCUUUUGCGUUUGGGGGUGUAUGGUUUUUAUUGAGGUUUUGGAUACAUCUUCCACUUGUACUAAGUAAUUUAUUUCUCCACGAGGAUAUUAGGUUGUUGCAAAACUACGAAGCGAGCAGGGCAAAGCCACAUCUGAGGUGCAAAGCCAUUGCCCAUGUAUUUUGCGGGACGAUGGACUGGUAGUAUGUAUAUAUGUUCACUUGCAUCAAAUAAAAGUUAGUAGUCCAUUUCAGAU